CAUAGGCGGGCUUUGAAUACCAUCCUCCAAUGAGAAGAGGCUAUGGGGUUAUAGUUGAAAGUUCAUAUCCAACAUGGCGUCGACCAAACGAGUGCUUUAUGUUGGUGGUCUAGCAGAAGAGGUGGAUGAGAAGGUGAUGCAUGCAGCCUUUAUUCCAUUUGGUGAUAUCACAGACAUCCAGAUACCGUUAGACUAUGAAACGGAAAAGCACCGAGGUUUCGCAUUUAUUGAGUUUGAAUUGGCAGAGGAUGCUGCAGCUGCAAUUGAUAACAUGAAUGAAUCGGAGCUCUUCGGGCGAACGAUCAGAGUGAACAUUGCCAAACCUAUGAGGAUCAAAGAGGGCUCGUCUCGACCAGUGUGGUCGGAUGACGACUGGCUGAAGAAGUUCUCUGGGAAGACUGCAGAGGAGGGUGAGGUGGAGGAGUCAGCGGGGCCCACGGCCGCUACUGACACCCAGGAGGGUGAACCACCAGCCAAAAAGGGCCGGGUAAAUCCCCAGGUCUACAUGGACAUAAAGAUUGGAAACAAACCCGCGGGCAGGCUUCGCUUCCUCCUGCGGGCCGACAUCGUUCCAAUGACAGCAGAGAACUUCCGCUGCUUGUGCACGCAUGAAAAGGGCUUCGGCUUCAAGGGGAGCUGCUUCCACCGCGUCAUCCCCCAGUUCAUGUGCCAGGGAGGAGACUUCACCAACCACAACGGGACCGGCGGCAAGUCCAUCUACGGCCGCAAGUUUGACGACGAGAACUUUGUCCUCAAACACACCGCCGCAGGUCAACUGUCCAUGGCUAACUCGGGCCCAAACUCCAACGGCUCCCAGUUCUUCAUCACAACAGACAAGACUGACUGGCUGGACGGCAAGCACGUGGUGUUUGGAGACCUUGUGGAGGGCAUGGAUGUGAUCCACGCCAUGGAGGCACAAGGAACAAAAGAUGGCAAGCCAAAACAGAAAGUGAUCAUAUCAGAUUGUGGAGAAUAUGUUUGAAAAUGUCUCGCCAAAAGGCAUACGAGAACUGUGUAUGUGUUGCUUUUGCAAUUCUCUGCCAUGUAAAUAUUUCAAUAAAAAAACUUUUAUAAAGAA